AUGGCUGGAAAAGUGUAUAAGGAUAAGGCUACGUUGAAAGAGGUGAUGGAGAAUUAUGCUAUAGCUCAAAGGUUUCAAUUCCGGGUUGAUAGGUCUAAUGCUGUCAGCUAUGCAUUAUUAUGUAUUUCAGAAGAUUGUGAAUGGAAGUUUAAGGCUUCAAGCAUUAACAAAUCAGAACUAUUCAAAGUAAGAGAAUUCAAUGAUAACCAUACAUGUCCGCUGAAGGACAAGGUGUAUGAGCAGCGGCAGGCUAGUAGAAGCCUUAUAGGUGGUAUGAUUAGGCCUAAGCUUACUAACCAUAAGAGAAAAUACACCCCAAGGGAUAUUAUUGAUGACGGGAAAUCAGAUUUAGGUGUAGAUGUUAGCUACAUGUUGGCGUGGAGGGCUAAAGAAAAGGCAAUGAAUUUUUUGAGAGGUGAACCGGCUGAUUCAUACAAAAAAUUACCAGGAUACUUAUAUAUAAUGGAUAUGACAUAUCCAGGUUCCCACAUCAUAAUGGUAAAAUCUCCAAAAAAUGAAUUCAUGUACGUGUAUAUAUCCUUGUAUGCCUUUAUAAAGGGGUUUGAUCAUUGUAGACCCAUUGUUGUUAUGGAUGGAAGUCACCUAAAAUCUUACUACACCGGGACAUUCGUUUCGGCAAGCACGUUGGAUGGUGCAGGUCAUAUAUUGCCACUAGCAUAUGGUGUUAUUGAUUCUGAGAACGAUGCUGCCUGGACGUGGUUCUUUGACCAAUUCAAGAUAGCAUACGGUAACAGGGAAAACAUGUGCAUCGUUUCAGAUAGAAAUGAGAGUAUCAUUAAAUCUGUAUCGAGAGUGUAUCCAGAUGUACCGCAUUUUGCUUGUAUAUGGCAUCUAUGGAAUAACUUAUAUAAGAAAUUCAAAAAGAGCCAUGCCAAGUUGAGCGAGAUAUGCUUCUCGAUGGCAAAAGCAUACACACAAGCUGAAUUUGACAGUCUGAUGGAGAAGGUGGAGAAGGUAGAUAUUAGGAUGAAAGAAUACUUAGAGUUAGCUGGAUACGAAAAGUGGCUAGGUUGUAUGCACCUGUUAACAGGGGAUGGACAAUGA